UGGUCGAGAAGUAACAAGUAUUUUCAUUGAAUUUUAAUGAUCUCAUUCGUAUGUUGAGCUGAAUAUAAUGGCGUUAUUUACAGUGAAUAGAUAUUUAGGGGAAUCGCCAUUGGAGUUGGGUCAAAGUUCGAAGUCAAGUAUUCUUGAUAAGAUUAAUGCCAAGGCUAAGGAAAGAGAGGAACAAAGAAAACAGACGCCUUGUAAGGAAACUCCUCCUUCUAAGAGGUCAAAAGUCAAAGGUCAAACACAAAGGAGAACAGAGAAAGAUGAACUAACCCCGAGCACAGAUUCUGGUUUACAAAGGAAGAAGAAGAGGAGAUCUUUUAUAGAAAAGGACUGUGGGAGGAAUGGACAAGGUGAGGUAUCAACAGGGGAUGUGGGACAGGAAAGUGAAAAGAAUGAUGGGAAGGAUGAUGAUGUUAUUUCCAUGGAGAUUACAAACAAUGCAAUGGUUAUCUCAAAGGAGACAUUCCUCCAUGAUGGAAAGGCUUCAGAGAAAACAAAAAAGAAGAAAGGGAAAAGGAAACAUGAUACUGAGAACAAAAAAGAGGAGGAGGAGGACAUGAAUGCAAGACUUACAGAUGAAGGAAAAGAAAAAGAUGGAGAAUUACAAGCUUUUUCUCCAUCACAUAUUGAGAGAAAGAAAGAAACUUUGAAAUCCUUGAAAAAGAAAAAGAGGUUAAAGGAAAUCAAAAAGAAAGAUGAAAAUCAAACUUCUGAUGAAGAUGAAGAGAACAAACAAAUGGAAGUUGUUACAAAGGAUGAUGAAGAAGUAGAUGAUGGAAGUAUGAUCGAAGGAGCGAUAGAGGCAAUAGAGGAACAUCAUGAUUUUGUAGUACUAGGAGACUUUGAAAGGAAACACAAGAAAAAGGUUUAUGAGGCUCUACCUGAUUGGUUGGCUAGACCUUCUGUUAUCAAACAAAGUCUGACAAAUGAUUUACAAUCAGUCACUUCAGUCAAAGGUCUGGAUGAGAGACUAGUCACAGCUUUGGCAGAGAUGGGAGUGGAUAAGCUCUUUCCAGUUCAGCAGCAUGUAAUUCCUAUUCUACUAAAGUCUCUUCAGUAUGGUAUACAUACCGGUCAUGCUGGUUAUAGACCUAGUGAUCUCUGUAUAUCAGCUCCUACUGGUAGCGGUAAGACGCUUGCAUAUGCUAUUCCUAUAAUACAGGCUCUGAUUGAUAGAGUAGUUUGUCAAGUGCGAGCUCUCAUCGUUCUCCCAACACGUGACCUUGCCACCCAGGUUUAUAAGAUUGUCAGCUCGCUCUGCAAGGCCACGCCCCUCAGACCUGUUCUAAUUGGAGGAAUCAAGAAAUUCUCUCAAGAACAGAGUGGACUUGUAAAAGAGAUUGAUGGAGAAUUUCAUUCCCUUGCUGAUAUCGUCAUAGCAACACCUGGAAGACUUGUUGAUAAUCUCUGUAAGACUGUUGGAUUCAAUCUUCAUCAUCUUCGCUUUCUGGUGAUUGAUGAAGCAGAUCGGUUGAUGGAACAUAUCUCACAAGAUUGGAUUGCUCAAGUUGAAAAAUCAGCUUACACCCCUCAGUCUGAUAAUGGAAUAGCCCCACCAUCAUUCACUUCAAUUAGACAACGGCCUGGUCCAUUGACAGUCAGGAGGUCAUCAGCAUAUCAACUACCGCUUCAAAAGCUGCUUUUCUCAGCUACUCUCUCUCAGAACCCUGAGAAAUUAACACAGCUAAGAUUAUUCCAACCUCAUCUUAUCACCACGGCAACCAGUAGUAAGGCCACACCCACAUCAGGAUUGAAUCUGGAUAGAGAGAAGGAUAGAUUAGAUGAGGAAGGAGAGGAUAUAGAUGAAGGAAGAAGUGACUUUGUUGGAAAGUAUACAACUCCUGUUGGUUUAUCGGAAUACUAUGUCCAGUGUACAGCGGGUGAGAAGCCAUUGGUUCUGAAGCAUUUCCUCAUCAAUCUUUACUUCAAGCAAGUACUCUGUUUCACAAAUAGUGUUCAGACAACUCAUAGGUUAUAUCUUCUCUUGAAGUUGAUGGGUGGUAUUGAUGUAGCAGAAUUCUCAUCUAAUCUCAGUCAAGCUCAAAGACAAAACAUCCUCAAACAAUUCAAAGCUGGUAAAAUACAGAUCCUGAUCUGUUCUGAUGCAAUGGCUCGAGGAAUGGACAUUGAGAAUGUUCGUUGUGUAAUCUCAUAUGAUCUACCACCUCACCUUAAGACAUAUAUACACAGGGUUGGACGAACAGCUAGGGCUGGAAGAGGGGGCACUGCCUUCUCAUUUGUCAGGAAAAAGGAAGUCAAUGAAUUUAAGCAUAUGCUGAGGAAUGCUGGGAAGGAUGGCAUCCAACGACACACAGUAUCAUCCAAUCAUCUUGAAGCUCUCACACCAUCUUACAGUGAAGCACUUUCCAAGCUAUCCACCCUACUCAGAGAAGAAAAGGCACAUACACUUUGAUAUCAAGACCUGGAGAGGACAAUGGAAAUACAUCUUGCAGAGGAUAUAACUUCCAAUGACUGGAAAAUGAUAUUUUAUCCUCGUAAUUAGUACUAGGUUAACAACAACCCCCAAGAAGUGGGGGGUAGGAAGGUUUGAAAUACCAUAUAGGUUUGGUAAUUACCAAAAAUAAUAGGAAAUUACAUGAAAGUGGUCAACUCAAAUAUUUCAGCUGUUCUUUUGCAUACAUCUGUAUUACUUUUUGGAUGGGAUUGAAGAAUUAUUUUAAGAUACAGUCCGACCUCUGUUAAUAUUUGGCCUCCCUGGAUCUCUCUAUUAUCCGAACACACACUUGCUGAGAUUUUUUUUCAAUCUAGUACAUGUGGAAGUGAGAUUUCAAUCUAAACUAAAAAUUCCUAUGCAUACUCACUUUGAUUACAUACAUUUUCCAAUAUAGUCUACCUACAACCACAGUAUUUUUUAUGAAAAUAUCUUUCCCAAAUCAUAGAAAGAACUGUAUAGCGCUCGGCCUCGAUUCGGACAGCGCCAUCUAUCAUGUUUGAACCUACAGUCAUAACAAUGGCUGGCUUUGCGAAACUGAGCCUGUGAUGCUCGCCAUGAUGAUCCAAUUUUAAAACUUAGUUUCAUCUGGUCAUUCUUUUU